GAGCCGGGCCGGGGAGGGCGGGGGGCGGCCGUGGCCCAUGGUGGCGCGGCGGAGGCUGCCGCAGGGCUCGCCGCGGGCAGGGGCGCAGCCCGCGCUCUGAGGCGCCGGGAGCGGAGCGGCGAGACCGGCACUGCGGGCACUGCAGCGGCGCAGGGGCGGGCCGCGGAGCCCCGCUGCUGGCGGCCGGCUCCCUCGGCACCCUCUCCGCGGCGCGCACACCCAGACAGGCGCACACACGGCGGAACCCGCCCCUUCUCCCCGCCGCCCUUCUCAUCUCCGUCCAUGGCGCUGAGGACGGCAGCCCCCCGCUCCGCACGUGGCGGUGGGGCCGCUCGACGCGGGCAUGGACCACGGUGACUUCCCCGGCCCUGGGGCGGCGGCGGGCGCUGAAACCUCAGACCUAAUGGAAACUGGGGGCGAUGCCAGAUCGGCACCUCGGCGGGGAGGCAGAGGAGGAGGAGGCGGCGGCGGCCGUGGCGGGUUUCCAGCGACUGCCGAGCCCAGCAAUCCCCCGGCUGCGGAGACGAGCAUGAAUAUUGAUGGGCCCGCCGGUGGCGAGGCGGCCGCUGCUGCAAUGCCGGGAGCCCCGGGGGCACCUGCCCCGCCGCUCCGCACCCCCUGCUCUAGGGAUCCCAAAAUGGUCCAUCAGCGGUUCUUGCGGAGGAGCGUGGUGGACUCGGAUCAGGAGGAACCUGCAUUUGACCUUCCCGAGUCAGAGCAUCAGAGGAAAAUUAUCUUGCUCCCUAAAACAAGGAGGAUAAUUGCGGAGAGGGCAAAGGCCGGGCAAGGGGCUGUGGAGAAGGUGUCCCUGGAGGCUGAGCCUUCCGGGGAGCUCAAGGCAGCGCCAGCCCCUGAGGAGCAGAAGGAAGCUGGCAAAGAUGUGGAGAGGAAAGAGGCAUUGGAUGCUUCCAAAGAUCAGAGCAAGGCUAAGAAAGAGGAGCCCGAGGAGGAGGCUGAUAUGAAAGCGGUUGCCACUUCACUGGAUGGCAGGUUCCUGAAGUUUGAUAUUGAACUCGGAAGGGGAUCCUUCAAAACGGUCUAUAAGGGCCUGGACACCGAGACGUGGGUGGAAGUUGCGUGGUGUGAGCUCCAGGACAGGAAGCUGACAAAAGUGGAGAGGCAGAGAUUUAAAGAGGAAGCAGAAAUGUUGAAAGGUCUGCAGCAUCCAAAUAUUGUGAGGUUCUAUGACUUCUGGGAAUCCUGUGUGAAAGGCAAGAGAUGCAUCGUGCUGGUUACUGAGCUGAUGACCUCUGGAACACUGAAGACGUACCUGAAGAGAUUUAAAGUGAUGAAACCAAAAGUCCUGCGGAGUUGGUGCCGGCAAAUCCUGAAGGGUCUUCUUUUCUUGCACACAAGAACUCCACCAAUAAUUCACAGAGACUUGAAAUGUGACAAUAUUUUCAUUACUGGACCAACUGGAUCUGUGAAAAUAGGAGAUUUGGGGCUGGCAACCCUCAAGAGAGCUUCGUUUGCCAAAAGCGUGAUAGGUACACCAGAAUUCAUGGCCCCAGAAAUGUAUGAGGAACACUACGAUGAGUCUGUGGACGUCUAUGCUUUUGGAAUGUGCAUGUUGGAAAUGGCUACCUCAGAAUACCCUUACUCAGAAUGCCAGAAUGCUGCUCAAAUCUACCGGAAAGUAACCUGUGGUAUAAAGCCAGCAAGCUUUGAGAAAGUAACUGAUCCUGAAAUCAAGGAGAUAAUUGGGGAGUGCAUUUGCAAAAAUAAAGAAGAAAGAUAUGAAAUUAAAGAUUUAUUAAGCCAUGCCUUUUUUGCUGAAGAUACUGGGGUAAGAGUGGAACUAGCUGAAGAAGACCAUGGUAGGAAAUCCUCUAUUGCCUUAAGACUCUGGGUAGAAGAUCCUAAGAAACUGAAAGGAAAACCCAAAGAUAAUGGAGCCAUUGAGUUUACUUUUGACCUGGAGAAGGAAACUCCUGAUGAUGUUGCACAAGAAAUGAUCGACUCUGGGUUCUUUCAUGAGAACGAUCUCAAGAUAGUUGCCAAGUCCAUCCGGGACAGAGUAGCACUGAUACUGUGGAGAAGAGAGAGAAUUUGGCCUAGGAUGCAGUCCGAGGAGCGCCGCGACUCCGAGGGCCUGGAGAAGCUGAAGCUGCCGCAGGCGCAGCAGGUCCAGGUCACCUACCUUUCCCACACUGGUCACCACAUCCUGUCCGAGUCGGAGGAGCCCGAGGCAGACCAGCAUCCCUUCCAGCAGAACCUGCCCACCAGCGUCACCUCUGUUGCAUCUGACAGCACAUUUGACAGUGGCCAGGGGUCCACUGUUUACUCAGACUCCCAAAGCAGCCAGCAAAGCGUCAUCUACUCGUCUCUGCCUGAUCCAGUCCCUCCUGCUAUCCAGCGGGUGUACAGCCCGCCUCUGAGCGAGAGCCAGCCUGUGCCCCACAGCCUCCCGCAGCUGGGGCACUACCAGCAGCCCUCAGGAGCUGGCCUCCCUGCCGUGCCCCCCGCGCCCGCUGUGGUGCCCCAGCGGCCCCAGCACUACCAGGAGCCGGCGAUGCCCUUCCCGGUGGUGCAGCCCACGACCGUCGCCUCGCUGCCGCUGGGGCAGCCGCAGCCGGUGCUGGCUGGACAGCAGCAGCAACCCAUAUCACAGCAAGCUUCUCUGCAGCAGGUGCUCGCCAGCCAGCCAGUUUGCCCAAUCCAGCCUGCAACCCAUCUGUUGCCCCAGUACCAACCCCAGACCUCUCAGGUGGCAGCUAGCAGUACCCCGCUGAAACCCCUGCAGAUAUCAACUGUGCCACCUCAGCUUCCACCGGUGGCUCCUUCCCAGAUUCCUCAGUUUCCUGUCAUUCCUGCAAUCACUCCUCUGGCAGGACUCGACAGCCUUCCUCCCAACCUCUCCGACAUACCUGCCGCAAACGUGCCCCCCAUUCCUGCCCCUUCGCAGUAUUUCGCUCCGGCCGUCAUCCUGCCCAGCCUGCCCAUGAACCCCGCUCUACCCAUGGCACCCAACUCCCCUGCCCUCCCCAUGCAGGCAGUCAACCUUCCUCACACCACCGUGGCUUCCCUGGUCCUGCCUUGCCAAACCAUAGUGCCAAACAUGUCGGCCGCUACCAUCCCGCUGCUCGCCGUGGCCCCGCCAGGGGUGCCAGCGCUGCCACCCCACCACGGGGUGCCCCCGCUGCCCCAGCAGCAGAUGUACCAGCCCAGCUUCCAGCAGCUGGUGCCCAGCGAGGUGCCCUCUCCCCACCACACACAAAGCACGCCCGCGGUGUCCCAGCCGCAGCAGCCUGCACAGCAGCAGCUCCAGCCAGGCGUCAUCCACCCCCCGGAGCCGGCUCUGGCUGCCCCGGCCGCUGGCCACCAGCUGAUGCCUGGACACUCUCAGUAUGCUUUGGAGGCUGGAGCCCAGGUGCCCGUGCUGCCUGUGCAACCUUCGAUAGUCAUGUCACCACCUCUGCAGCUGCAGCCUGACCUGCUGCCUCCCCGCGCCGCUCCAGAGGGCCUUCCCCAGCUCCAUGGCAGCCUUGCUGCACCCAGUCCGCCUGUCCCCCUAGAGCACUGCCUGCCUCUUCAGCCUUCUGGUCUGCUGCAGCUCCAGCCAGAGCUUUCCCAGCCACUGGGCCAGCAGCCCCCAGCUCCCUGCUCAGCUGUCCAGGCAGUCACAGAGGCAUCUCAAGAGGAGCAGGCAAUGCAAGAGAAACUUCAAACUCUGUCACAGAGCUGUGAAAGCUACAUGAGCCCAGAUGUUGCUUCAGGUAAAGAGCUGAGUGACAGCUUUGAAGGAGCACUGGGAAGUGGCAAACCGGAAGGAAAGGCUUCAAAGAAACACAAGAAAUCCACACGCGCCCGGUCCCGCCAGGAGAAGUCCAGCAGGCCCAAGCUGACCAUACUGAAUGUCUGCAACACAGGAGACAAGAUGGUGGAGUGCCAGCUCGAGACACACAAUCACAAAAUGGUGACUUUCAAGUUCGACUUGGAUGGCGACGCGCCGGAGGAGAUCGCCACUUACAUGGUAGAGAACGAGUUCAUACUGCAGAGUGAAAAGGAGACAUUCAUUGAGCAGAUGAAAGAUAUCAUUGACAAAGCAGAAGAUAUGCUCAGCGAAGAUACAGAGGGAGAGCGAAGUUCUGAUCAGGGAACGAGUCCUCAGCAAGAUACUGACAGACUGGAAAUGAAUGAGGAGAAGCGGCAGUCUCAAAUGAAGACACCUGUGUAUCAGCAGAAUGUCCUGCAUACUGGGAAAAGGUGGUUUAUUAUCUGUCCUGUUAUGGAGAACCCCACUACUGAUGUGCCAGAAUUUUCUCCUCCAGUACCUCAGAGCACACAGCAGCAGUCGGAAGGGCCAGACCUGGAGCAGUCGGAUGAGCAGCAGACGAGCUCUGUGGUGACAGACCCGCCCGGUGUCCUAGCUGCUCAGCAGCUUCCCCUGCCAGCAGGUGUAUGUGACAGCCCUAUGGGAGCCUCUCCAUCUCUGGCACAAGCUCCUGCCGCAGCACCUUCCGCCGGCUUACCGAGCCAGGUGGAGUUCCCAGCUCCGGCACUCCCGGGAUGCGCUCCAAACGCGCAGGAGCAGGCGGCCGCGGGCGGCACCCGGGCGGAGCCUUCUCCGCUGGCGGCGGCGCUGCCCGCCCCGCCGGGCGCCCCCCGCGCUGCCGUGCUGGAGGAGCCUUGCGCCGCUCCCCCCGCUCCGCAGCGGCCGCCGGCCGACGAGGCCAGCUGCGUGCCCGAGGUGGAGAUCGCGUGUUGCAGCGUCGGGCCGCACCAGGCGGUGCCGCCGGCUCCGGCGCCGGAGCCCUGCCCGCUCCCUACGCUCCCGGACGCCGUGGUGCUGGAGCGGCAGCCCGCGGCGCAGGGUCCUCACCUGCCGGAGGCCGGCCCGCCCGGCGCGGUGCAGCACGCCUUCGUCAGCCAGCCCUUCCCCGCGGCCGCCGUGCCCGAGCCCCGCGCCCCGGCGGGCUCUCAGCUCCAGAGCCCUACGCAGGUGCCGGCGGCCACCCCCCAGCAGCAGGCGACGCUGCCCCAGGCGCAGCCCGCAGCCUGCGCGGGCAUCGGCCUGCUGCAGCAGCAGCAGCAGCAGCAGCAGCCCAGCACCGCCGAGUCCGACGGAGAGGGGCCACCCAGGGUGGACUUCGUCGACAACACGAUAAAAAGCCUUGAUGAGAAAUUGCGCAAUUUACUUUACCAGGAAUACGUUCCUACUUCUUCUGCAUCAGCAGGCACUCCAGACACCUCUGUCCCGUUAGAACAGGGCGACAGUGAGUUUCACUUGCCGCCUUUUGCUGAAGACCAAGUUCCCACGUUGGCGUUGGAGUUGAGAGAAGCAGGCCAUAGUGUUGCAGAUACCAGCCAGGAGGUGAAGGCUGCUGCCGAGGCCCAGCCGGCGCCACUCAUACCAUCCGAGAUCUCACCCCACCCAGCACUGUUUGAACCAUCGGAGGUCACUGGCAUGAGUGCUCAUCCCUCAGAAGCAAGAGGUGGGUCAGCAAGCAGAAAAGGUUCUGCUGCAAGCAUCACUUCAGCUCCUGCUGCUACAACUAAAGGCCUCCUUCAGGUUGCACCUACGUUGCCAAGCAUCACUCAGCAGAUGGGAAGUUCUAAAAGGAGCGAGAAGGCAGAGACUGUGACUUCGUCUGCACGCACAGAUAAUGCGAUGCAGACACCUACAGCAGAUGGGGUGAUAAAUAACCUUCAGAGGAAUGACUCUCUAGACUCUGGUUCCUAUGGAAAACAGGCUCAAACUCAUGAGAGCGGAACCCCAGCCAAAACUAUUGGCAGGUUUUCAGUGAUCAGCACGCAGGAUGAGUUGACUUUAACAGCGCCGCACUGCUUGCGGUUCUCAGCGCCCCCGGACGUCUACUUGGAUGAGCUGCCCUCCAGCCCCGACCUGAAGACAGCUGUCCGGAGGGUGCAGACAGCCUCCUCUGUGGACGUCCUCUGCGACCAGGCUUCAAGUGACUCUGCGGAGGAGCCCUUCCGCCGGCAGCCGGCCGCUGCUGCCCAGCUGUCCCCCCCAAGCAGCAGUGUGGCCACGGACUUGAUUAAGAAGGCAGCUGCCUUCCUGCAGAGGUCCGGCAAAGCCGGCACGGCGGCGCCCGAGCCGCCCGGCGGCCCGGCCGCCAAGAUCCCCACCAUCAACAUCACCUCCUUCCACUCCCAGUCGUCCUACAUGAGCAGCGACAACGACUCGGAGUUCGAGGACGCGGACAUGAAGAAGGAACUGCAAAACCUGAGAGAGAAGCAUAUGAAAGAAAUUGCUGAGCUUCAGACUCAGCAGAAGAACGAGAUUGAGGCGCUGUACAUUCGGCUGGGGAAGCCUCUCCCUCCCAACCUGGGCUUCCUGCACUCGGCCCCGCCGAGCGGCCGGCGCCGAAGAACCAGCAAAAAUAAGUUGAAAGGUGGAAAACUCUUAAACCCUCUGGUCCAACAGCUCAGGAGUGGAACAUCAAGCACAAGUAAUCUCUCAGAUUCUAAAGACUCACCCCAGAAAGAAACAGCUAAAGCUCAGCCUGGAUCCCCCGAAGCAGCAGCAGUAGCGUCCCCUGCCUCGGCCAGCUUCGGGAAGGCUGUGCAGACGCAGCAGCCCUGCUCUGUCAAAGCCUCCUUGUCUUCUGACAUCUGCUCCGGCCUAGGCCCCGAAGGAGGUGAUGUGAACGCAAGCUCUGGCCAAGGCUGGACGGUUUUCCACCAAACGUCUGAGAGAGUGACCUAUAAAUCUAGUAGCAAACCUCGUACCAGAUUCCUCAGUGGACCUGUGUCUUUGUCCAUCUGGUCCACCUUGAAACGACUAUGUCUAGGCAAAGAUCACAGUAGUAGAUCCUCCACAAACAGUCUUGUAACGUGUCCUGAGCCCCUCCCGCAGUCAGCCCUGCAGGUUCAGGCCAACAACAGUAACAACAAGAAAGGGACCUUCACAGACGACCUUCACAAGCUGGUUGACCAGUGGACAAGCAAAACUGUUGGAGCUGCACAGACAAAGCCUUCCUUAAACCAACUGAAGCAGAACCAAAAAAGGCAAGACAUGGAGCCCAAAGCUAACCCCAUGCAAACCCAGAAUGAGACAUGUGGAGUUAAUUCAGUAAGAACGGGCCUGGGGGGAAGGGGCGUCCUUCCGGUGUCUCGCCCCAUGCCCGCUGCGUUAGCUCCUGGAGCCUCGCCGCCCCUGCCGGUGCCUGUGCCGGGACCUGCCCUCUCUGGCCCGGUGACACCUUACGUGAUGCCUCUCUGUCCGUACGGAGGAGUUUUCCCUAUGGCCGUGUACGGAGUGCAGUGGCCGGGGCCGGCCGUGCCGCCGGGGCUGAUCCGCGCCCCGAGCAUCGGGCGGUUCUCGCCGCUGGGCAAAACCUGCCUGCAGCUGUACCCGGUGCCGCUGCAGCGCCCCGGGGCCGAGCCGCCGGGACCGCGCCUCCGCAUGACGUAGCCGGGGCGGCGCGG